AUGUUAUUGCAGUCGUUUUACACCCUCGUUUUAGGCAAGAUGAAAGCUGUCCGGCUAUGCAUUCCACGGCAAUAUAUGACCUCUUGCACUUCACCGGAGCAGUUUUCAAUAUCUGAUGUUGGUCGACUCUACAAGAUUCCCCGUGAAGAGGUUGAGGCGUUGAGCUACAAGCGGCUGCUUCCCUCUACUCUUUGUAAACAGUACGAUACACUUGAGGAACUAGUGACUAUGAUCAGAGAGCCAUUGAUAGAGGUAUCCGUAUGCAUGAAUGCGGUGCGACCAUCGUUUCCUGCUCUUCGCCUAGUUUUGUGGGGCCCCUUUGGUACUGGUAAAUCAGUGACUUUAAAUCAAGCGGUUCAUCUCGCCUAUACUAAAAACAUGGUCAUCAUUCAUCUGAGAAGUGGUGAUUAUUUUUCAUUCAGUUUAGUCUG